GUCAACACUGGAGACUGUUGGAACUCCCUUUGAAGGGCACACUGACGAUGUCAACAGUCUAGCACUUUCGUUUGACCAUGCUCUCUUGGCCAGUGCUUCCUUCGACGAUACCAUCAAGCUCUGGGCUUUUGAGUCCCGCCAGCUCCUCGCUUCCUUCGACGCUGAUGUCUAUGCCCUUGUUCUCUCACCUGACGCACGACAACUAGCUUACGCGAUGAAUAUUGAAGGUGAUUACAAGAUCUGCAUCUGCAAUACUCCACCCGAUGUCCUUGCUCAGGCCCGUAUUAUUGGGCGCAAAAAGUCAGCCCCCAGGGAUCCACUAACUGUGCGUAUCUCAUUCUUUUACUCAUCAUGUCACUCAUCCAUUGCAGUCUGAUGCAACUCGUCGUCCUCCUGCCAAACGCCGCAUGCAACCAAUAUCCGCCGUACCUGUUGCGCCGAGACCUCCACUUACAAGAGACCCGCAGCAAACCGCUUUAUACGCCUCAGGAAACUCCUUCGCUUCUCUCCUCGCUCGCACGCAGUCGCUGUUCAUGUGUCCAACCUCGUGACCCCUUGGAUGUCCCUGCUACAUUGCCACUACCGUACCCGCUCUCAGAUCAGGUCACAUCUCGAUUUGGUCAUUUCGAAACAAGUACUCCGCUUUCCUCCUCGAACGGAGUCGCGCAGUUUGUAUGGCAGAAUCUUCCAUUCGUCACGCCAAGACACAGUCUCGGCCUCCAGUCGUUGAGGUCGCACCGGGACGGAAAGUCAUUAGACUCGCUGCUGCUGCUAAAUACCAGAAUACAAGAAAGUAGACGAUACCCGACGUCCGUCUACUCAACAAGCUACCGUCCCAGGAAAACGACAAAGCUGACAUUGAUUCGCUCCCAGACGUGCAUUGGUGUAAAGCAUUCCUGUGCUAUUAUUCGUGCUGGUCUCAUGGCAGACUGAGGAUGCCUCCUUGGUGGCACUUGGAGCGGGCUGACAUACCCCGCCAGGACGACAUGGGAAAUGGCAGCUGUGGUAGUGCUCAUGGUUGCAUUUAACUUGUAUGU